UAAUAACUUCCGCCUAUGAGUUGUGCAGACCGUCUGGGAAAGAUGGCUUCUCGUCGUGUUGCUAAGACUUUAGUGGAUUGGGCUGCUUUUGCUGAGAGGGUGCCACCAGCUGAGAGAGAUAUAUUCAGGGCAUUUAAAGCAAAAUCUACUAAUUUUCUUGCCAAGGUGCACCAGUAUCCUGAAGCCCUGCCAGCCAUUGACUUUGCACAGUAUAAGAAGCUGUUACCCAAUCCAGCUAUAGUGGAUACUUUUGCAAAGAAUUACAAGGCACUAUCUGUACCCUACCCAAUAGAUAAAGACAAGGUGCUUGAUGCAGUGACAAAAGAGGAAGCCAUGGUUAAUGAAUCCAUCAAAGACCAAGUUGCUGAGUUUCAGAAAAUGGCUGCUGAUGCCCAGCUGAUGUUGGACAAAAUUGACACAGUUCCUAAACCUGAAGCAAUGACUCAUGAAAUGUUUGCAGAUUACUUCCCAGAGUCUGCUGUUAACCCAGAUAAGCCAACUUUGUAUCCACAUACCAAGCAAUACCAACCAGAGAACAUCAAAGAUUUCCUUAAAUAAUUACUUCUUAGUAGAUAUAUUUGAAUUUUUGGAUGAUGAAUGUAAUGUUAGUUUUCUAGUUCUGUAUGACACAAUCUAAAUAAAGGCACUGGUUGGCAACAUAA